UUACUGAUUUUGCUGUAUGUUUGAUUUGCGGCUAACAACGCCUCAACAAUGCGUUGUGUGCAGCACUUUACUUGGCGAUGAAUUUAAGAUUUCCCCAGCUUGGCAAUGACAGCGCUGCCAUUUGCAUUAUAAAGAUUAUCUUAUUAAGAAGCACUAGGCACAACACUGAAAUCUACCAACAGCUGUUUUGCUGCACGUCUUUUGUGUUAUUUACUGCUCUGAUAGUCAGCAAAGUUUGUUUUAUACCAACGCAAAUUCAUCAAAGUAAUUUAUGGGUGUUACUAUUUUAUAUUCUUACAUAACACCCGAAGGUAAAACGGGUGCGCAGGCUAUUGAUAAUCUAAGUAAGCGGCUGUUGGCUUUGGGCGCUGUACAUACCGGACAAUUUCUUGUAGAUUGUGAAUCUUAUAUGACCGCCCCGCAACAUGGACCUUCGAAGGUGGUUCAUGUUAUACAUAAUUCCGAAUACCCGGUUACUACGUUUUCUAUACUUGACACUGGUACCGGUAAACAAAUUCCUCUAAUCGCGGAUAAUAUAUUUGACCUGGUUAUUAUUAAGAUGACCGCCAUUAAUACAAAUAAAAAGCAGACGCGCAUAGAAUCGAAAGGCGCUCGUUUCGAAUACGGCGAUUUCAUUGUAAAGUUGGGUUCAGUAACUAUGACUGAGAACUUCAAAGGUAUACUGAUUGAAAUUGAAUACCGUGCUUGCUUAGUUGUAAGUUUUUGUUGGGAAUUAAUACGUGAAAUGAUGGAGAGUUUUCUGGGUACUACGAUGCCGAAAGAAUAUCCUGCUUACUUUACGUCGCAGACACACACACACACAAUUGUAAAUGCUAUGGGUCAACAACAAAUGCAUGCGAAACAAAAUGAUACAUACGACAUAAUGGAUACUGUUAAUCAAUAUCUGGAACAUUUUACAAAUUAUCGCAAACAAAGUAAUAUACCUCAAUCACAAGUGGCAACAGGACCAGCUAAUGUUACUAUGAGUUCUGGCUUGAGAGUUGGAUAAUUUAUAAAAUAAGAGAUCUAGUUAUAUAAAAUUAAUUUAGGUUUGCUAUUUAAUAAGUGUAAAGAGCUGUAAUAAAUUUAGCUGAAAUUUAGUGCUUCACUUUACAACAA